CAUAUGUAUCCCUGAAUUGACACAGAAGCGACAUAGAUAAUACCGGAAUGGCGUCUGAAGGUUUGGCAAUGCGUGGAAACAUAUUAGGCUCUGUAUCUGGUCUCCCUCCGGAAAUUUGGUCCAUGAUUGGAGACGAGAUUCAAGGCCCAAAGAACUUAUCCGCGCUGGUUGCGGUAUGCCGUGCGUUUCGCGACAUAUUCAGGCCAUUCUUGUUCGCCCGCAAGGUUCUUAAAUUGAAUCAAUUCCGACCGGAAGAGAUCAAUUCCUAGGAGUUGGAAUCAACCUUGAUUCAUACUAAGGAUUUUGAAGUUCGCGUGGACGAAUUCCUGUUCAACGACUUCAGCUAUGAUGUCGCGAUGAACGAUGCUUAUGUGAGAUUCGUGGUGAAGAUGCUGAAGAGAAUGCCGAACCUGAGAAGUUUCAGCUGGCACGACUGUCCGCAUGAGGAUCACAUCCCGUCUACGAUGUUGAGAGAUAAAACCCUCAUCAACGCCCUCUUGUCCUGCAAAUCGCUCGCCCAUCUGUAUAUCUCGUUCGACUACCAGUGGACUGACGAGGAAGAAGAAUCUCUCAACUGCUUUUUCCCAGUUGCCGAGUUCCGCAACCUGACAUCACUAGAAUUGUACCACAUCGGCGGAAAUGAGGCUGAGGAAAUCAAAGGCAUCACGGCAGCUUUGAGCUCCUCUCCACAUCUAAAGACACUCGGUCUUGGACGGGGCUGGAGAUGCGAUUGCGACGGUACUCCUGAAAUUUUGCUCAUCCGAGGCGAAGGCGACUUUCUACUUGACCUCUGCAAGCGUUACCAUGCUUUGGGGAAGCCACCCUUGAAACUUGAGACUCUGAGACUCGGUCACGGUGUCUUCCCAAGCACAGAUAAGCCCGACUCCAGCAACUUCCUUGCAAAACUUAUUAAUAUGAGUGGGCUCAAGACUCUUCAUCUAUUCAAUGGGCUGGUCAGAGGGUCUGAUGGCGAGGAUGCGUACCUGCUUGUUGACUGGAGGCUCUUCGAUGCAUGCAUUAGUCUUCGGCAAUUGGCAGUAUCAAGACUCGGGCUCGAUCUCAGGAUUUGGCUCAAUACUGUUCGACAGUCCGUUGAAGAAUUGAUCGUGACUGAUCACAACACAUGCUACGAUUCUGGGCUGAGGCAAUUUGACUUGUUAAGGCUUCCAAAGCUAUCAUAUAUUUUUACUCGUGAAGUGUUUGUUGACAGGGAACCCCGACUGUGGUCCGAUACUGACUUGGGGUCCGGUUCUGAAGCAGAAGAUUUCUGGGAAACGGAUUCAGAGCUGGAUUCAGAGGUGGAAUCGGAAGAAGAAACAGGCUUGGGCUCAAAUUCAGGCUCAGUUUCAUACGAGCUGGCCAACAGUGAAGAUCCAAAGCCGGAGCGCGAACCUCCGGUCAAUCCACCACUCCGUGGCUCUCAAACCAUCACUGUCCUUGAUAGACUCCACGACGGCGGUGUCAAUCUGAAGCGUCUUGGGAUCUGCCUUGAUUUCAGCAAUUCUUGGAACCAUUUCGUUGAUCGCUUGGAUAAUCUCAAGCAAUUGACCCAGCUUCGCCUGAACAGCAAAAGUGCCCACGGCGGAGUUUACCCCACCAAGGAAUCGUCCCUAUGGAUAGGCGUCAAGAGACCGAAAAAUAUCGCAGAACGUUUCGCCAAGGUCUUGAAAUAUCGAUGCCCUUCUUUGCAAUACGUUCAAAUUGGACAAUGGACGUGGCAAUAUACUGAUCUUGUAGAUCGACACUUCGAGGAUAGCGACCAAGUUCAAAUUCGACAGUUGGAGUAUGAUGAGAUGAUGACAUUUGAGUUGUUCGCGAUGAACACUUUUGCUUCUGAGGCAGGGCUACCAGAGCCGGAGACUGUUCACACAGAGUGGUCGGAGGAAGAGGAGAAUCGCAUGGAGCGUACGUUGGCGGAAAUUGGACUGGCUUUUGAGGAGGGGAGACCAGUGGACCCGAGUCGAUUUAAUGCCUGAUAGUAGCCGGAGCAUUACGAUGCGGAUGUGUCUCUCAAUGUGCCAACCAAUUUUAUGUGGACUAAAAUAUGGCAUUUGCGUUGGAAUGAAUGCUAUCUGAGUCGCAAGCCUGCGUCUAUCCUACCUUGAAAGGAGAAGGCAGGUUUGCCCCCCACCGUGAGGGCGGUGCGAGAGGCACUUUCCUGAUAUGAUAACCUCGAACCCGUUAAUUUUUUCCAAUCACUAUCAACUGACUGUUUGAAGACUGUCCAGUACUUGAAGUGCAGCUCUAGCGAUUCCCAAAGACUAGUCCUUACCUUCCAUAUAGACGUUGGAGGC